UACACCCCCUUGUCCAAACACUCGGAAAUCGAAAGAAUUAGAACCCCCCUAUUUCUUCUACUUCUUUUCCCUUUCUCAAAACCCUAAGCACACCUUCUUCUCCAAACGGCUGCCUCAGCUCCGCUCUGACCCUUCUGCGAUUCUCUCCAGCAAAAUGGCACCUAAGAAGGAGAAGGCUCCUCCUCCGUCCUCGAAGCCAGCCAAAUCCGGCGGAGGGAAGCAGAAGAAGAAGAAAUGGAGCAAGGGAAAACAAAAGGAGAAGGUGAACAACAUGGUUUUGUUUGACAAGGUGACCUAUGACAGACUUCUUACAGAAGUUCCAAAGUUCAAGCUUAUCACCCCUUCCAUCCUGUCUGACAGAUUGAGGGUUAGUGGGUCAUUGGCCCGCCGCGCAAUAAAGGAUCUGAUGUCAAAAGGUUCCAUUAGGCUGGUAUCUGCCCAUGCAAGCCAGCAGAUCUACACCAGAGCCACCAAUACUUGAACGUUAAGAGUUUUUGUUUCUUUUAAUGCAGGGAGAGCUAAUAACUAUUUUUCCAUGAUAAAGGAACUAGGUCCUUUAUUAUAUUGUGGUAGCUACAUUUGCUCCUUUUGUGCCCCUAUGGUUUUCUUUAUGGUUAAAAUUAUUAGUGCACCGUUAUUUAGGUUUAUGUUUUGUUUUCAAUACACGUAUUAAUAUUCACCUUCAUUAUCGUUU